CCUGCGCCGGGCCCAACAGGCCCCCCGAUCUGUGGGAACUGUUCUGCCCGCGAGCUUCCCACGAUACGCUCCGGCUGCUGUGGCUGGCUGUGUGCACGGGCUGCACGGUUCACUCGUGCGUCUCUUCCCCUUUCCGUUUGCCCCUGUCCCCUUCUGGCCGACACCCUUCCCCCCGUGACUGAAGAGUCCCCGGACUGCAGCCACGGAAGGGGCAACGCGAUGGGACAGUUGGUGGGAGGGAUCUCCUCGCGGAGGGUAUAAGUAGCCGAUCCAGUCCCCACCAGAGACUCAGAACCGUCGUGAACACGGUGGGGCACACGGCUAGUCUCGGCACUCCGAGAAAACGCACACAGAAACAAUCUUACACGCAAGCACGCACGCACGCACGCACGCACACGCUUGUCUUGCGUCUUUCAACUCUUAUCAAUCCGAUCGCGGGACACGUCUCGAGUUCCCGUUUCAAUCCGUUUCUGAAUUUUGGUUUGUGACAAGUGGCUAUCUGCGAAGAAUCGGUAAGGGAGAGGCAUGGCACCGCACACCAGCUACACGCCGGUCGCCAGCAUGGAGUACGAAGAGCCAGUGUCGAGGACCUAUCAGUACAGGAAGGUCAUGAAACCGAUGCUGGAGAGGAAGAGGCGAGCGAGGAUCAAUCGCUGCCUCGACGAGCUCAAGGACCUGAUGGUGACCGCUCUGCAGGCCGAGGGGGAGAAUGUGGCCAAGCUGGAAAAAGCCGACAUACUCGAGCUCACAGUCCGUCACCUGCACACGCUACGAGCCGCGAGAAGGCUCACGCUGACGCCGGAGAACAGCUACGCGGACAGAUUUCGCGAAGGAUUCACCCAGUGCGCUCAGGAAGUAUCGUCGUUUCUGUCGACGCCUGUCGCCGCGGCGGUUCACCCAGCCGCCGGUGCCCAAUUGAUGAGACACCUCGGUGGCUGUCUUCGACGACUCGAAGGCCCAACAACGUCCACCACUCUCGCCACCAACGCCGCCUCCACGACGACGACGAUGACAACGACGACGACGUCGUCGACGACGGUGGUGACCAGCGUCGGUAAAACGACACCAGCCGCCACCAAUCCAUCAGCGAACGUGACCGUCAACGUGCCGCAGAACGUUUACACGCCGCCGCAGAGUCCCAUGAGCGUGGCCAGUUCGUCGGGGGAGUCUACGGAAUCCUCGAACGCUGUCUGGCGACCUUGGUGAAGGAUCAUUCUCAUCGAGAGAAUGAAGCUCGACGAUCGAUGAUCCCGAGUUGAUCAAACUCGGUCCCUUCCGGUUCCUUCCUGAAGGCGAAGCAAAAGAGAGACUCGUUGGCCCAGGGAGCGGGCCAGAGGACGAAUAACAAGGAGGGAAAACGACGAAUCAUUUGUCUUCCACACGUUGAAAAUUGUUGGACCUCGUUCGCGUUUGUCGAGGGACUAUAGGACUUUUUGGUUAAUAUACUCGCACAUAGGAUGAUAAAUGUAGUUCUCGUUAAGUAAUUGAUAAUGGUAUCUCGGCACUUUCGUUCACCGAGAGGAGCUCUAUCUUCUCACGCUCUCUUCUUUUUCUCUCUCAUCUCCGCUAUUGUAUUGUAAAUAAAUGAUGAAGCUUUAAGUGACACACGUCUGUGAUAGGGUUCGAUUUUUGUACCUGAGAUGUAAACUAUAUUCUCGUAAAUGUAGAAGGAUUAUUAUUAUUAUUAUUAUUAUUAUUAUCAUUAUUAUUAUUAUUAUUAUUAUAGAUUUUAAUUUGUUACGUUUAAGAGGCAAGAUUCAUUCUCUUUUUUUUUUCUCCUUUUUUUUUUUAGACGUAACGGUGUUUUUGUUAAAACCGAUCGCACGUUGUGCAUAAAUCAAUAAACGCAUUGUUUCAAUCUUAA